AUGACGGAAGCAGAGCGGUCCCUCCUACCGGCAUACGCGCAGGAAAUUGCCAACAUGGAUGCGCGUGCGUGUGACCUGGGUCCGUUUCACACCUUUGAGCUCACGUCGGGUGGGGAGCGCGUGCUCUCGCGCACGGAGUGCUUUGUCGACUGCAACGACACGCACCGCAUGGGCGCGUUUCUCCGCAACGGGCGGCUCAAGGCCAUAUGUGAAGCACUCAGGGGCGGCAGGCAACAGGAGCUGCUGAAGGACAAGAUCAACUACAAGCUGGCUGGCGCGGGCGGAUAUAUGGCCCACCAGGACGGGUACUGGCAGAUUCUUCCUGAUGGCGUCACCGAGGACGACUACAAGAAGACUGACCAGCACAAGCGCGCAAAGUUUGAUGGCGCGUCACUCCAGCGCACGCGGCUGAUGCGUGAUGAGGAAGUGUGCGUGUGCAUGAUCGCUGUCGACUCGUCCGACGAGUCAAACGGCGCACCAUCCAUUGCUCCAAAGUGCAACAAGCGUGGAUGGCUUGGUCUCAAUGCCAGCGAUGCGACACUUGAUGCCGGGCUCGCACCAGCAGAGAAAGUUGAUGCUGACGCCCUCGACUGGAAGGUGCGCGCAAUGAUGUGCCCACGGGUGCGUGAUCGGUAUUACGCGUACGAGGCGGAGCACCGGCGGAAGAACGGGUCUGCGCAGGGCGGCGGCCGCGCCAACCGCUAUUUCGAAGGAACACCCGUCCUGAUCAAGUAGUGCAGCCCUGGAUGGAGACAUGGGAGUUGGGGUACGCGUGAUGUCUGACGGCUCGUGUCAACGCCGGCGUCUGGCAAGGCUGAACUCGUUUGUGUUGUCGUCGGUUACAGUGGACACAAAUGAUGAUGACGAGAUGACGUUUCUUCACCAUCACCUCCUCUUUGCUUUUCCUUUCCUGUUACGCCUUGCUGUUUCGCUUUCGUGUCUUGGACUGCGUUUACUCAAAAAUGCUGUUACAUGUUACUUUCACACUUCGCCAACUUGAUUUCCAUCUCCACAAUGAAAAUGACACGCCCGCACAACAGAGAAGUGCACGUUUGACCCAUCAGUGAUGAGGCAACGACAAUAGAAAAGUGC